UUUGCCUGGCAAAGAGGCCCAACAAGGUAUCAGGGGAAUCUGUGGCAGAGGUGUAGCCCUGGAGACUGAUAUUCAGUACUAGACUAAACUGGACAAGAGUCUACUCUCUGAUGGCUAGGAUCUCGAUGUGAACUGAAUCUGGGGAGGGUAAAAGGAUCUCUAGUCUGGGCUUAGGGUGGUUGGGGGCUAGUCCUGCUGCCUUCCACUGUGAUCUUGGGGGAAACAUCCUUCAAGCCCCGUGGCAGGACAUGAGUGAGCAGGAAAGGGAGACAGAAGAGGAUGAAGGCGUUGCCUCAGACACAGCACCCAUGCUACCUGGAAGAAGGACUGCUAAUUACCACAUCUCAGUCCUGGCACCUAUCUUGGCCACUCGAGGCCUCAGGACCCUGGUGCUGUCUGGCCGGGCUCUAGUUGGGUUCCUGCUUCAUCUGCUGCUACCUGGAACAGUCUUCCUGCUGGUGUUGCUGCCAGCAGCUGCCGUUGUCUACCUGGGAUUCCUGUGUCACUCAAGGGUUCAUCCAGCUCCGGGUCCACGGUGCCGAGCAUUGCUCUCAGACCGAAGCUCCGCGGCGCUCAUUGUGUUCGGAUUCCUCUCCCUGCCGCCACUUCUGGUGCUCGCCUCCGCCGCCCGCUCCCUCCUGGUCCGGCGACUACGCCCUGUACUGCCUACCCACGCGAGGACCCCCGACCCGCACCGCCCGCCCAGGAGCAGCGAAGAUCUGGCGGACGGCCACCCGGACGAGGAGAAACAACUUUGUGAUUGGGUCUGACGCCUCAAGGUCUCUCCGUAUCAUAACGGCUGCCUUGGGGCUCUGAGCGCAGUGCUCGAAGUCGCCAGGAGAUGGCAACCGGGUCCCUCAGAAGAGGGGGGAAAAAAAGGUGUCCCUUCAAGAAAAGCAGAAAAGCGUAUGUCCUCCACCCAAUUCUGUGGUCAGCAGCCAGCUUUGCAGCCAUCUCUGUGCCCCCACCCCCUAAACCAUGCAUAAUUCUAGACGCUCCAGUGUAGCCAGUAGCUACCAGACUUCUUCAUGGCUCAACUUGUGGGAUCAGCUGAGUCCUCCAAGGUCAGCCAUGACCUUGUACAGGACAAAAGAUCAGUUGAGUCCAUGGUCAAACUAUUGCCGGACCAGGUUUGAGAUAGGAUCUGGGAUCAGUGAUUCAGUGUAAGUGCAGGAUCAGCGUGUUGUUGUUAAUAUGUAAUUUAUUUUUAUUUUUUGUGUAUUGAUGUUUUGCCUGCAUGUGUAUUUAUGUGAGGGUGUCACAAACCCUGGAACUGGAGUUUCAGACAGGUGUGAGCAGCAUGUGGGUUCUAGGACUUGGACUUGGGUCCUCUGGAAGAGCAGCCAGUUGUCUUCUAAAGGACCCAGAGCCACCUCUACAGUUCCUAGUGCUCAGCUUGCACUCAGGGUCAGGCAUUAGUGUGUAUCCAGAACCGGAGCUCAUUCUCUGACCAGGGGUCUUUCUUUUGAGACAAGCAGCAGAAUAACAAUGUGGGUAAUUUUAAGAUUUAACUUUGUAUUUGUCAUGCUACAAUUUUACUAACAUGUUCCUAUUUAUGCAUAAAUUAUCAUUCUCCUUUCCCUCCCUGUCUCCUUUCUUCUCCUCUUCAUGGGACUCGUAUAUACUACAACUAGAAUAUCUUAUUUCUUUUUAUAGAAUAUCUUAUUUAUUUUUAUUUUUAGUAGUCCUGGGAUGGACUUAUAAAUAUUAGGCAAGCACUCUACCACUGAGCUAUAGC